AUGCAGCCAAACGCACCCAUCGAUAGCCUACUUUUCACCUCCUUGCUGCUCAUAAUUUGCGGCACACCUGUCGCAUACGCCGCCGCAGCCAAGCCCAAUUGCGGCGCCAGCACCGCAGCCAAGCACAUCCAACUGGUGCAACCGGCGAACCCACCGCGCGAAUGCAUCUACCACAUCAACGCCUACAGCAGCAACGUUUGCCAGCUACGCAUCGAUUUUUCAUUGACACUAGCCCAGCCCAGCGUGCCCGAUGCGCUAAAUGGCCUGUGGUAUGUGCAGUGUGUGCGAGACUACUUCGCGGUAAAUGGGCUGCGAUUCUGUGGCUCGGAGGUAGCGCAACACAUUUAUGUGCCCUUCAAUCGCACCGCCGGCGUGAAGAACAUCGAUCUGGGUAUUGUUUUAGCGGCACGCGUGGGCAGCAAUGGAAAAUUACCCACGCCGCGUUGGAAUAUGGUGGUGAAGCAGCUGGAGUGUACAGCGGGUGCAGCGCAACGGAGCGCCGUGGAUUUUGCGCAGGACAACGAUGAUACGACGACGGAAGCGGAUAAUGAGAGGAUUAUGCGAGCCAUAGAGCCACGCGCCAGCUUCAGUGAUGAUUUCCUCAUAGCGCCACCGGGCUGUUUGCAAUAUUAUCCUCAGUCAGCGGGCACCAUCACCUCGUUCAAUUAUAACGGUGGCGUGGGCGUUUAUCCAGGAAACUUAAACUAUGCAAUCUGCUUCCGGCGUCAGCACUCUACUAAACUACUUGAGAUCAAGGUGCGCUACUUUCGUUUGGGUGCCGAAUACAACCACCAGAAGUUCCAGGAACUGGACAAUUAUUGCCGACCGCAGUUACAUAGCGAGGGUUUAAGUGAAGACUAUCUGCUGAUACCGCAGGCUACCAUUGUGGACAGCAACAUACGUGCCACAUAUUUUUGCGGCAGCAGCAUACAGGGCGACACAAUCACAAGCAACAACCCCGGGCCUUUGGUGGUGAUUUUCAACAGCGAUGGUAAUCAUAAAGCCGGACGUGAAGUGGGUUUCGCUUUAAGCUAUAGGGUGUUGUAG